AGGGGGGUUUUGUUUCCGGGCCGAGCACGCCUGAGAACGCGGGGGGCUUCCGGGGUGCGGGCAGUCUAUCGGUCCGCGGGUAUGGAUGAGGACGGGCUGCCCAUCGUGGGCUCCGGCAUCGACCUCACUAAGGUUCCUGCUAUUCAGCAGAAAAGAACUGUAGCGUUUCUAAACCAAUUUGUUGUUCACACAGUGCAGUUUCUGAACCGCUUUUCUACUGUUUGUGAAGAGAAAUUGUCAGCACUCUCUCUCCGUAUCCAGCAAAUUGAAACAACACUCAAUAUAUUGGAUGCAAAGUUAUCCUCUAUUCCUGGCUUAGAGGAUGUCAAAUUUGAAGUGUCCAGUGCAAAUCUGAAUAAUGUUACAAGUAGUCCCAUGGCACCAGCUACUACGGAUCAACAGGCAGCUGUGUCACCUCAGUCUGGACAGAACAAUAAACAUGAAGAAGCACUACAGAAAACGGAGAUAGUAACAGAAAAUAUGAGAACUGUGGCCAAAGACCCAAGAUAUGCCAGAUAUCUCAAAAUGGUACAAGUGGGUGUUCCUGUUAUGGCCAUACGAAACAAAAUGAUUUCUGAGGGGCUAAAUCCAGAUCUUCUUGAGACUCCAGAUGCCCCUGUGCCUGCUUGGGGAGAUGAUGGGAAUGCAGAAGACAGUUCUGAUAGUGAAUCUUCCUUUAGUGACUAAAAAGACCAAUUUUAGCCUUUGGAAACCUCCGUUAAGUGCUAAUGUGUUUGGAGCUUUUGCAAAUAAUGAUUUUGUGUGCAUCACGUGGGUGACAUGAUUUAUCUGACAGCUUUUCUUAGCACUGAGAUCUUCUGCGUUCUCUCCCAAGAAGUCUGGGCAGGCAACGUGUUUGACCUGAACCUUUCCAUCAUGAAAAUUGAUUGCAAUAUCCUUGUGAUGUUUAUCCUUUGUUAGUUCAGAUUCUUUCUGAUUCUUCUGGAGUUACCUAAAAAAAAAACUCAGAAAUUUUGUUUCUUUAAACCUCCAGGUCUGUAAGACUGCAUUCUGUUCAUUCCUGGGUUUCUGUAUAAGACUUCUAACCUAAGUUGCCUUCUGUCCCACAGCAUUCAGUUAAAGUAACUUAUCAAAAUUUAUUUUUAAACUUACGAACUGCCUUUUUUUUUUUUUAUUCCUCUCAAAUAUGCUGUACUUUUGAAGUGGUAUGACAAGAAUUACACUGAAGCCACCUAUCUGGCAGUGUUGGCAUAUCAGUGAUAUUCUGUUUUGAAAGAGCCUAGACUACACGUUUAAAAUACCUAUUCUUAAAGUAUAUACUGCUAUUUGAUUUCAUGCUAGAGGUUAUACAAAGUUGGUAAAUAAAUUCCUGCUCUUCAGUGUAAUUAUUUAUCAAAUUCAGGUUACAGUGGUGAAGGAAAGAUACUGCAAGGUGUGUUGUUUUUUUUUUAAGUCCACUAAGAAAAGCAAGUGACUGGGACAUUGUUAACAGAAUACCAGAUUCUCACUUUUUACUCUCACAUGGGUCAAUAAAAAACAUUUUAUGAGCACUUUUUGGCUUGUUGGAAAGGAGUUGUUGCUGUGCAGUUCACAUAGGAUAAAAAAAAUCACCUCCACGAUAGUGGCCAGGCUGAUAUUUUCAGUAGUCAAAAUUCAGUUUAUGUAAUGGUGAAACUACCUUGCUAUCUUUUGAGGAUGCAUUGGGUAACAAUAUGAAGAAAUCAAUUUGGAGCCAGGCUGGCCCUGAAGACUUCCCUCCAAAGUAGUUAAUCUGCUGUGUGAGUCAAAAAUGACAUUUCAUUAAAGAAUCUUCUUUAAUAUAAUUUGUUCCACAUUAAAUUCUUCAAAAUCUAUUUGAACUCCCCAGACUAUUGUGAUUAUACCAGAAUAGUGUGACCAGGCAAUCAAUCACUUUUUGGUAUUUCACAUUCUUCCCAAGACCAAGAAAAUACUAAAACUGAAUCUCUGAGUGUGUAAAUUUGUUAGCCUUAAUGGCUGAGUCACUAUCUCCUCUCUUAGUUAUUUAUGUCACUUCAAUAGGGUAGCUGAUCUUUUUUUCCUGUAACUUAAGCAUGGCUCCCAUUUGAGUCAAGCAGAUGUAUUCAAGCUCUUCAUAACGCGUAAAUCAGAAUAUAAUCUGAAUCCCUUGGAGGAAGGUAUAUAGGCACUAGAAAGUGUCUAGAAGAGUGAUGAGUUAAUUGUUAUUGAACACAAACAUAUAUUCAAUAGCUAACACUUGGCAAAACUUGAGAAAUGUUAACAUAUUAGCAAUAAAUAUUUCAGAAGUAAAUGUUAUAAUGUUACUUUAGAAACAUAUUAAAAAACUUUUUGAAAUCUAUAUUUGGAAGGUUAUUUAAGUGAUCUGUAUAAUAAAAGCGGUGUUUUGUAAACCAA